AUGGGAUUCACCAGCAUUCUCCGCCGACUAUCCAGCCGCAAAAGCCCCGAGCCCACGCGGCCAUCCGGGGCUGAGUCUCCUAAUGAUUCGGCUUAUGAGAGCCUCAAUCAUAUCCUUAUCCGGGAUACUAUAUCCGAGGACACAUGGGUAGUCGACAGCAGCAAAAUCACCGGCGGGCCAUUCCACUAUCUUCUAUCAAACUCGGGGAAGAACACCCGCGGUUUCUUGAUCGACGCCUUCAACCAAUGGCUUCAAGUGCCUAACGAAUAUCUGCAAUCUAUCAAAAGAAUUGUCGACAUACUCCACACCGCAUCACUUCUUGUCGACGACAUUGAAGACAACUCCCCUUUACGCCGGGGUCUCCCCGCCGCCCACGUUGUCUUCGGCACCGCGCAAACCAUCAACUCCGCCAACCACGCCUACUUCCUCGCUUCGCAGGAACUACAAAAGCACGAAAGCCUCUCCGCCCACCAGAUCUUCACCGAAGAGAUGCUCAACCUCCACAUGGGCCAAGGCAUGGACCUGUAUUGGCGCGACCUGUCCAUCUGCCCCACAGAAACCGAGUACAUUAACAUGGUCAACAACAAGACCAGCGGUCUCUUCCGAUUGGCAAUCAGACUCAUGAUGCUCGAAAGUUCCUGCACAAAAGACUACGUCCCCCUAGCCAACACCCUCGGCGUAAUCUUCCAAAUCCGCGACGACUACAAAAAUCUGCAAAGCGACGAAUACGCCGCCAAAAAGGGCGUCUGCGACGACAUCACCGAGGGCAAAUUCUCCUUCCCCAUCAUCCACAGCAUCCACGCCAACCCCGACGACAAGGUUCUGCUGAACCUGCUCAAGCAGAAGACGGACAGCCCGGGCGCGAGCGACGUCGCUCUGUCAUGCCUGCGCGCAACGAACAGCUUUGAUUACACCCAGCGGGUGAUACGGGAUCUGGCGCGGCAGGCGGAGGAGUUGGUGGAGGAGGUGGAUUAUGGGAGGGGGAAGUUUCAGGGCAUUCAGGCGGUGCUGGGAUUGCUUCAGAAGUGA